GCACAGGCGGGGUUCGGCAUAAUCGUAGGAAGAAGUCCGAAUCGGACUGCCGGUGAUGUGGAGUAUAGCCGUUCGAUACCUACCUCGUUAGCACAAUUGAUAUAUCAUCAACUUAACCACCCACCUAAUCCACAAUGAGCGCCCCCUCCCCCACCAACGACCGCGUGGUCAUCACGACGCACAAGCCAGACGGAACCUCGGUGUUCCAAUCCGACCGCUCCGUCGCCCCCUUCUCGCCCUUCGGGGCGGGGAAAUCGUCCUUCUCGGUGCUAGACACGCGGGCCUCGGUGCCGGUGAACAAUCUCGAAGCGGCGAAGGAGUUCUCUGAGACGCUGCCGCGGACGCCGAGCGGCGGGGUGACGUUCUGCGUGACGAACAUGGCGCCGGGGAGCAGCGCGCCGAUGCACCGGACUGCCACGAUCGACUACGCGGUCGUGGUGUCGGGCGCGGUGGUGCUGGAGCUCGACGGCGGGGAGGAGAAGACGGUCAAGGCCGGAGAGUUCAUCGUGCAGCAGGGCGUCAACCACGCGUGGCAUAAUCGCACGGGGGAGGUGUGCAAGAUUGCGUUUGUGAUGGUCUCGGCGGAGAAGAUUAGGUUGGGGAGUGGGGUUGAGUUGGAGGAGACGGUGUUUUAAAUGAGUGCAGAUGAGGGAAUAGGGGGGGGGUAGAUAGCUGAUGAGCUAAUCACGUGUAACUAACCUCCAAUUUAAAAGGCCUAGGCUCUCAGGGUCCAUUUCCUUC